AAUCUGAUGGAAACCCAAAUUUUAGAUGGAUGAUCUUGCUAAAACGAGAAGCCUUCUGGACCAAUUAAAUGUUGGCAUUAUACAGUACUUAGGGAAGAAAAAUGGAAUAAGUAAAGUUGAUUUAGAUCAGAGACCCCCAGCAGACAGGCAUGCUGUUCUUAUGUGGGAGCAGAGAAACACUUGUUUUCUGCCAGAGGACCUGAAGAAUUUCUACCUGACUACUGAUGGUUAUAAGUUGACAUGGUGUGUAAAAAUGGAUAAUGGACCUAUUCCUCUUGGGAAGCUCCACAUCAAUAGAUUGAGUCAGUUAACACGUGUAGGGGGGAGCAUCGCCCCAAGUCAUGUUAACCCCACCCUGGCAGAUCUAGAAGGGGACUCAGACACUGAGGAUCAGGCUUCAGGUUUAGAGAAGCCUACAUUUGACAACAGGUGUAAGGUGUUUGAGCUAGACCCAUGUGAUGGAUAUGGCAGAGUUUGUCUUGUGUUCAAAGAAAGCAAGACAGGAUUGUCCUAUUUUGAUGCCAAUGAAUUAUUUGAUGGCAAAUACACAUCAGAACUAGUGCGAUUUGGAGGGAAUGAGCCAAAAGUUGAGAUUUGGUUCCUUGACCGAGCAUUGAGGUGGCACUUCCUGACAGACUCCUUUAUUGCUUACUACAGGCUGUUACUGAUGCACCUUGGGCUUCCUCAGUGGCAGUACUCAUUGACUGACAUAGGGCUAUGUCAGCAAGCUCAGCAAUGGUUUAAUAUGUAUGCCCCCACACGACUGGAGUUGGACCAGGAAUCAUUGUGUGAGACUCAUUCCGUCCCCUCUGUGUCCAAAUCUGGCAGUGUCCUUGACAUCAGCAAAGUCUUCAAAGGAAAAACAGACAAAAAAAAACCAACAGCAGCCUCACAACCUAAUGCUGCCAAUGCUAAGAAGAAGCCUGUUAUAACAUCUGCUAAAUCUCAGCAGGUUACAAACACACGGAUGUCAGCGUCUUCUUCUCAAAUAUCCAACAAGAGCUCAAAGUGAUCAUUGCUGGAAAAAUGUUUUUAUUUACAUAUUUAUACAUUAUAUUUAAUAAAUUAAUUUACAAUUUUUG